GAUCCAGGGCUGCAGAUCAGAUGAUGAAGAGAAACCAGGUGAAAGCCUCUUUGGAGAGAUGUCUGGAGAAUGGGGUUUCAGCUCCUUGUCUGGACAUGACGCUCAAUGAGCUGCACGACCUGGCAACCCGACAGCAGCAGCAGAUCAGUGCUCAGCAGCAGCUGCUGGCCUCCAAGGAGCAGCAGCUACGGUUCCUGAAACUGCAGGAUCACCAGCAGCAGCAACAGGAGGCGUCAGAGCAGGAGCGGCUGUGGCAGCUCAGGGAGAAUGCGCAUAACCAGGAGGCCAAACUGCGACGAGUCCGGGCCCUAAAGGGUCAGGUGGAACAGAAACGCCUGAGUAAUAGCAAACUAG